AUGUCUUGUAAGAAAAAAAGGACUCUUGGUUCUGGAUAUGGAAUUCAUCUGCAGUACCUCGAGGUUCAUACGAAAACCAUGAGUACUGGUAAUGCAAAGGUCGAUCGUCGACGAUCGUGUACCACUUUCUUACAGGGAUUAAUAAAUGUUGUACGCAAUUCGAUAGACACCGGUAAUGAAAGUCCUAUAGUUUUGGAACCGACGAGUAGUAAGGCUGAUAAUAAUAAAAAUCAAGUAAUUGAAGUCGAAAGCUGCCAAAAUUCAGAUGAUUCCAAAGUAAUAAUUCAACAAAAGAUUAAAAUGCUACAAGCAUCCGAUAGGUCAAAGAGCGUGAUAGUUCCUGAAGAAGAUAGUAAAUUAAACGUAAAGAAUGAAUUCGCUAAGCGAGAAUAUCCUGUGAAAGAAGAAUUUUCAAAGAGAGCACGAUACCCGAGAAGACAGUUUGUAUAUGCUAGGCCUGCAGAUGAACAUUGGUGGUAUAAAUGUUCAAUCAACAACGUUACAAAGGAUCAAAAUGGACAUCCAAUUACAUAUGAAUUGAAAUCAUUAAAAAAGAGAAAGAUUGUCAUUACUGAACAACAUCAUAUUGCGCACGAUACUAUCCCUCUAAGAUCAGAAUUAAGAAUCGGUUUGCGAAUUAUAGGACUUUUAUCAUAUAUCAGUAGGGUCUCACUUUUAUUCUUUAUUCCAGCGUUUUACGGCAUAAUCAAAAAAUAUAAAGGUGGCCUUAUCGCUGAGGUGCCAUCAGAAUCCAAUAAUGACAGAUAUUUAAUAUUCUUUGAUGAUGGUUUCGUAUCGUAUUUACACGAAGAUAAAAUACGAAUUGUAUGGGAUCAAAGCAAUAAAUUUUGGUCAGACUUAGAUAGUGUGACUCGAAGUUUUUUUCAAGAAUAUUUAACCAAAUACCCAGAUUUUCCAUUAAAAGAAUUUAGGCUUAAACAGUCAGUAAUUGUCGAGUGGAAAGGCUAUUGGUGGGACGCUAUUAUACAUUCCCUAGAUUGUAGUUUGGUAGAGGUUAUGUUUCUAACCGAUAAGAAAACAGAGGUGUUAUAUCGCGGUACACCUAGAAUUGAUUUCGCUGAUGAGGAAAGCAGUUCUCCAAUUAGCAUCAACGAUAGUGAAGAAUGUAUGGAAGAAGCCCUUACAGAUCAUAAUUAUCAUGAUCUCGAUUUCGGUAGCAUGAACUCAGGCUAUCUGAAGAAAAAGAAAAUUAACACUCGUCAACAUCAGUGCACAAUUGCAUGCGGAAGAAUCGAAGUACCGGAUUUACCUACUCAAGUUUGCAACCCACUGCUGAUCCCUGAAAAACUUGGAUGGACUAGAAAACCUAUUAAAGGAAGGCGAUUUGAGGACCAGUCAUAUUAUUAUAUUGCUCCAUGCUCAAGGAAACUAACAGACUUGACGGAAAUUAACAACUACUUAAUAUUGACUAAAACUAAGAACGUCUCGAUCGACCAUUUUGCGGUGGAAAGUAUCACAAUUUCAAAUAACUCAUUUGUACCUGGAAAGUGCAUGAAUGAAUCCGAUAUCACCCAAGUCUCGGAGUCAUUUACUUAUAUCGCUGACAGUAUUUGUAUUGAUGGACUAGAAAUUCCGUCCGAUCCUGAUUUUAUGGUUUGCUGCAACUGUAAGGAUAAUUGUUUAGAUAAAACUAAGUGUGAGUGUCAACGAUUGACAUAUACAAGUAAUGCUGCUGUAUUUGGUAGAUCGACACAUUCAGUUGGAUAUGAACUAAAGAGACUUGCCGCACGUGUUUUGACUGGAAUUUAUGAAUGUAAUCCACGAUGUACUUGCAAGAGAAAUAAAGCCGGGCAAUGCUAUAACUCUGUUGUUCAAAAUGGAAUUCAGCAUCGACUACAGGUUUUUAUGACAACCAAGAAAGGGUGGGGUGUUCGAACGUUAGAUGAUAUUCCAAAAGGAGCUUUUGUAUCGAUGUAUGCUGGUGUUGUAAUUACUGAACAAGAAGCUCAACGUAGAGGAGUUAAGCAUGACGAUCAAUAUUAUGCGGAAUUGGAUCUUAUCGAAAUGAUCAUUGGAUCACAAGAGGCUAAGAAAUCGAAAGAUUGUAGAUCUUCAAAAGAAGAGAACAAUAAAAAAUCGAACAAAAAUAAAACAUCGAGUAAAGAAGAUUUAGAAAAUUGUAGCGAUAAUUUAUCGGACCAGUACAAUCGGUCUUACUCAGAAAAGGAUGCUACUUCCAAUUGUUUUGAAGAUGUGGUGUCUACGUCAGAAGAAAAUCGGCAGAACAGCAUUGAAUAUUAUCAUGAUAGCUUAUCGGAAAAAUUAUUCGAUGUUGAAGUCUCAGACGAUGAAGAUAGAACUACGAUUGGCAAAACUGUAGAAAUAGAAGGUGAAGAAUUUAGACAAUUACAUGGUGGCUCAUCGGAACCCUUCAUCGUUGAUUCUAAAAGAAUUGGCAACAUAGGAAGAUUUUAUAACCAUAGCUGUGAUCCGAAUAUGUUUGUUCAGAAUGUUUUUUGGAAAACACAAGAUUUAAGAUUUCCGACGUUGUCGUUCUUUACGUUAAGAUCUAUUCCGGCUGGUAGUGAAUUGACUUGGGAUUAUGGCUAUGAAAUGGGAAGUGUUGAGGGAAAAGUCAAAUAUUGCUUUUGUGGUGCUAGUAAUUGCCGGAAAAGGCUGUAUUAG